CUGUGGCCGCCGGCAGCAGCUCCCGGCCCGCCCCCUGCCCUCCGUGCGGCUCCGGCUCCCCUCCACACACACACAGCCACACACCCCCCGCCGCCGGCUCUCCCCGCUCGGUGGCGGCUUGGCCGGGCGAUUCACCCGCUCCCCGGGCUUUGUUCGGCUCCGCGGGGCCCUUCAUCCCCCUCCCCGGGCAGGGGCAGAGCUGGGGCUGGGCAGGGCUCCCCCACCAGCAAAGCCCAUGUCCGCCGCGCCCGUCCGAUCCCCGACGCUGCGGCCCCACAGGAUGAAGAAAGACGAGUCGUUCCUGGGCAAGCUCGGCGGGACCCUGGCGAGGAAGAAGAAAGCCAAGGAGGUGAGUGACCUCCAAGAAGAAGGUAAAAAUGCUAUCAAUGCACCAAUGAACCCAAGUGCUGUGGACAUCCAUCCAGAAGACACCCUAUUAGAGGAGAAUGAAGAACGCACUAUGAUUGAUCCUAACUCAAAAGAAGACCCCAAGUUCAAAGAACUGAUAAAGGUUCUAAUUGACUGGAUUAAUGAUGUGCUGGUGGAGGAGAGAAUCAUUGUCAAACAGCUUGAAGAGGACCUUUAUGAUGGGCAGGUGCUGCAAAAGCUGCUUGAAAAAUUGGCUGACCGUAAACUGAACGUGGCAGAAGUGACUCAAUCUGAAAUUGGUCAGAAACAAAAGUUGCAGACGGUCCUGGAAGCUGUCCAUGAUUUACUCCGACCCCAUGGCUGGACAAUCAAGUGGAACGUUGACUCGAUCCAUGGCAAGAAUCUGAUUUCCAUUCUUCACCUUCUGGUAGCUUUGGCAAUGCAUUUCCGGGCUCCCAUUCGACUGCCUGAACAUGUGUCUAUACAAGUGGUAGUUGUGCGGAAACGUGAAGGCCUCCUUCAGACCACUCACGUUACAGAGGAGCUGACGACGACGACAGAGAUGAUGAUGGGAAGAUUUGAGCGUGAUGCCUUUGACACCCUUUUCGAUCAUGCACCUGACAAACUCAGCGUGGUUAAAAAGUCUUUGAUCACCUUUGUGAACAAACACUUGAAUAAACUGAAUUUGGAAGUAACAGAGUUAGAAACCCAGUUUGCAGAUGGUGUUUACUUGGUUUUACUCAUGGGUCUCCUUGAAGACUAUUUUGUUCCACUUCACAACUUCUACUUAACACCUGAAAGUUUUGAUCAAAAGGUCCAUAAUGUUUCCUUUGCGUUUGAGCUAAUGCAAGAUGGAGGACUGAAGAAACCAAAAGCUCGCCCUGAAGAUGUUGUCAACUUGGAUCUGAAGUCUACCCUCAGGGUUCUAUACAACCUGUUCACAAAAUACAAGAACGUUGAAUGACCCUGGAAGCUGCUGAGGUCUUCAUCCUUCCAACCUCCUUAGGCAGAAAUUACAAUAAACACACCCUCUGCACGCUCCCUUUGUGCCUUAUACUUCAUGCAUUCUUUCUACAAUUGAUGUGGUCUCUCUGUAGCUGUUUGUAUGACAAUCUCACUAAAAAUAAUGCAUGUGUAUUCUCUAGGUCACUUGAAAAUGUGUAGCUAUCUCAGACUUGUACCAGAAGAUGCUGUCAGGUCUGUUGUUUGUUAUGAUUGACAAAUGUUCUUUUUGAUAAAGGAAAUAUACCACUAACUACUUUAAUACGCAGGGAAAACAUGAGACUUUCCUCAUGGCUGGAGACUCUUUGAUUCUACAAUAGACUUUCUUUUGCAUACUCCUUGGUUGCCACUGGCGUUUAAUGAUUUUUCCAGGCUUAAGUGUUAGCAAUAGAAAAACGGCAUUUGGAAUUUAUUUAGAAGCUGAGCCUUUUCAGUUAAAUAAGGUUUUGUGUGUUGUGUUGGGUGGGUGGGGCUGAGGGCAAUUACAGACACUAUCUGAAGCUAAUGGCAAAAGCCUCAGGUUUUGUGUUAACCUCAUACUACUCAGUGUUAUUUCCAUUCCAUGUUUACACAGAAUAAGUCUUGCAAUGGGAUGACCAUCUAAUCUUUUGAUGUCUAUAUUUUAUUUCAUCUCCUUUCCAGCUUAAAUCUAGUUGCUAGAGCUUCUGUCAUCUGUUAAGCAUGCAGCUUCAAUCAGGUCAGUCAGGAGCUGGUCAAAUAGGCACAGGCUGGAUUAAUGAGUUUUGCCCCUGGUCCUUUCUGAAACAGACUUGGGGAAUAAUGAGUUUGGCAGUUUAAAGGCUGACUCUUCAUUUCACGUAGUUGAGUUAAAGGGUCAGAUUCAUUCCUGUUGGAGUUACUGGCAGCUGUACGGUUCUAGAGGUCAGGCUUUUCUAAACAGAGUUUUAUGUAUUUUCUUUCUUAAAGAGUAAAACUGAAUUCCUGUAUAAAUAAGGGGUUGCCUGUACUUAUGGAUUGCACUGGGCUAUGCAAGACGUGGUACGCAUAGUGCAAGCCAACACGUGAAGCUUUUCAGUGAGCAGUUAUGCUUUAAAUUAGUUUUGAGUUGCCCUAUGCUAUCCCAAGAAAUACUCUGCCAGGCUCUGGUCUAAUCCUGUAGUCUUUUGAGCUGUUACAGAUUUUAGUGGGGAUCUGUUUUAAAAAAAAAAAAAGGAUUGCUGUAUUUAUCCGGGAAGAGUCUAGUUACCUCAUAGGACUUGACAGGUUUCAUCUGUGGAGCGGUUCCUGGCUGGUGAUGUGCAGGUGUAGUGGUGUGUACAAGGAGGCUGUGCUGGAACAUGAGCCAUCUAAGUAGAUUUUUUUUUGAGGUGAGCUGUGCAAAGGAAAUGGGAUUGUAAUUUCCAGAAUAAAUGAUUUGUGGAAUAUUUAUAUAACAGGACUCCUUUCCUUGUAGCGCACCGGGGAGAGAUUUGACUCCUGCUUUUAUGUAUCACUGCAGCAACUUUUCUUUUAUGGGCAGCAAUGGUUUUGUGCGAAAUAUUAGGCAGAGUGCCCCAAAGAGGAGGCAGGUAGUAUUGCUCUGCUCCAUAUGCUCACUUGAGUCCUGUUGUAAUUAGGCGUCUUUUUACCCUAAAUGUGUAUUUCUUAUGCAAACCUUUAUUUACCCUUCUGAAUUCAAGAGGAAACUUGCUAUUUGAAUGGCAUAAUUUCACGACUGGGAUUUUUUUUUUCUCCUUCCCUCCUUAAACAUUUAUUUUAUUUUUUUUUUAAAUCUCAAAGGGAGAGAAUUGGGCUUCUACUUCUUUGUUCCGUAUUUUUGGAUUCUGGCUUCUAGUAUUCGAUUUAUUUGGGUCACCUCCUUUCAUACCUCCAAAGCCAAAGGUGGAAGGAAGUCACUCUUUCUUUCCAUUAAAAAUUCAGGUCUCAUCUACCCUCUAAGGUUGUGUGGGGAGUCAUUGCUUGCCUGUACUUUAGGAGGGAGCUGACCUCUUGCUGUUUUUUCAGAGCCUGGCACAAUUGGACCUGAAUUUCAAAUGGGGCCACUAGGCUCUACCGCGACACCAGCAAUUAUUACAGAGGAGACUUUCAGAGGCACUAAGAUCUGGUCUCUCAGCUCUCCUGGCAAGUUAAUGAAAUUGGUCUUAACUUUUGUGGGGUGAAAUAAGGGUAUCGUGAGGCUGGAAGGAGAUUGAACUGAAAGGUCACGCAAACUUUUAGUUUAAUGCAGUGUUAUUUGUGGGGAAACGAGUCUGGUAAAGAGCUGUCAUUCCACCCACCUCCUUUCAGCUGAUGUGGAAGUGACAAUGCUGUUUAUAUUCUCCGGGUUGCUGGGAAAGACCUCCAGAGAAUCUAGUUUUUGAAACUGCAAGCAGUGUUAAUAUCAAAAGCAAACAGAAAGUAACAAGAGGAGGUUGAUAAAAUCAGUUUCGAUCUGAGAAGGGGGGGGAGCUCUUUCUGAGGCGGGGAUUUAACAGCAUCCUCACCGCAUGCAAACAGAUGUGAGCAUACCACCAAGUGUUAAAAGAGUCUCCUUUUUGCUUAAUUAGGCAUUUCUGGUCACUGUAGAAACCUGAGUCCCUCCUCUACAACCCGAGGCAUAGGUACCUUGUAGCAUUCCUUACAUUAAUGUGCCUGUCAGUCAAGGCUGCAGGCUUGGUGCCCUGGACAGGUUGGGAGCAGGUGUCAUACUCUGUUUUGUUAUGUUUUUAAGUUUGUUGGUAAAUGUUACAUAGGGAAAACACAUUUUUCAUUCCUUAGCUCUGUGCUGUCUAGCCAAGUCACUCUUCCUGCAGACGCUGUAUUUAUUGUUAACCGGACUGGGAAUGGGGUGGAUUUAACUGAACAUUAAAUGUUUAGUUUAAUGUUCAAGCAGUCCAGUUUACAGGAAAAGGAAUGUGGAUAAAGCUUCUCUAAACACCUGUUUCUGUUGUGCCUUUCUCUUACAUAUGCACGAAAGAGAUAAGUCAGUGUUAAAAAUAUUAUUCAUGAAGUCUUUGCGUUGCUGGAGUUUUAGAUAUGUUCCCUGGGUGCCACUGGGGUAGGUCUGAAUCCUGUUGAGUUCCUGUGGAACUCUGAAUGCUCUGUAGCAUUAAAGCUUCCACAUUUGUAAGUAUUUAAUGAAUGUCUGUCUUUUCCAGUCCAUACAACUUGCCUUUCAGGUGCAUCUGCUUGACAUACUUGAUUCCAGUGAGCUAUGUUACCGCAGAAGAAGCCCAGAUGCUCCUCAGCUGCAUCCUCUUACUCAAGAUGAAAAAAACAACAGUGGCAGAUUUUUUUAAAUUGGUUUAAAUUUCAUAGGACUUUUUACCCCUCUUCCCCACCCUGCCAUGCUUUCAGUAUUAAUGUAUUUUUUAAGACUCUUUUCUACUGUUUUUAACAGUGUUUACUCUGAAUUUCUAGCUACUAAAAACCAGCCUUGCAGAUAAAAUUCUGGACUUGUCGUGUGCUGGAGCCAUCCAGCUUUGUGGCAAGAGUUGUGUACUGUAAGCAAGUUACAAUGCAAUGCUAUGUUUGCUAAAAAUCACAGCAGGAGUGUUGUGCAUGGUUAGUGACAGUUGUACUAUUUAUUCAAAUAAAUAAAUAAUGAUCA